AUGGAUUGUGGUCUUGUGCAGGUCAUAAUGGUUGAAACCGAAGCAAAUGAUCAAGCUAUUAAACUACAUGUAACUGAAGAUAUUGACACAAAUGAUUUUGUAGAAGCAACAUGUGAAUCUGAAAAAAUUAACGAUGUUGAUGUGAACAUUGAGUGUGACGAAGAUGAAGUUAGUGAUGAAAGUAUAUUGGGAAAGGUUUUCGAUACCGUAGAUGAUGCAUAUAACUUUUAUAAUGAUUAUGCGUUUUUACAUGGAUUUGGUAUACGUAAAAAUGACAUAUUUAAAAGCUUGAAAACAAAUGAGCCUUUUCGGAAGAUCUAUGUAUGCAACAAAGAAGGGUUCAAACGGAGUAAAAAAAUGAUUCAAGUGAAAAUGAGACAAAACGUCGUAGAGAUGUUAGAACCGGAUGCCAAGCAAGGCUUCGAAUUACAAUACAAAAGGAUGGGAAAUGGGUUGAAACCUAGUAUGGUUAAAAAGGCUAUUAAUGCAAUGAAAACCUCAAAUGAAGUUGAUGUUACUUCAAAGCAAUGUGCUGAUGUCUUAUCCGAGCAACGAAAACAACAUAAAGGAAAAGAGUUUUAUGGACUUAUAAAACAUUUUCAAGAUAAAACAUUAGUUGAUAAUGACCAGUAUUUUGUCGUGGAUUUGUGCGAUGAUGGGUGUCCUAAAAAUAUUUUCUGGGCUGAUGGAAGAUCAAGAGACGCCUAUACAAAGUUUGGAGAUGUUGUUGUGUUUGAUGUCACUUAUAUGACAAACAAAUUCAAGAUACCUUUUGCUCCCUUUACUGGGGUGAAUCAUCAUGGACAGUCUAUACUUUUUGGUGGAGCAUUGCUAGAAAACGAAAAGGAAGAAACAUUUGAAUGGUUAUUUGAGCAUUUCCUCAAAUGUAUGUUUAACAAAUAUCCGAAAGCAAUUAUUACUGAUCAAGACAAAGCUAUGGGAAAUUCAAUAAAAAGAGUUUUUCCAAACACUCGUCAUCGUUUUUGUGAAUGGCAUAUCAAGAAGCAUGAACCGGAACACCUCUGA